AUGAAAGCCAUAGCAGUCGCGCACGCCAACCGCGGCGGGCCUGAGAAACUCGUCGCCAAGACGGUGCCGAAGCCGGGGGCGCCGGGGGGAUAUGAUGUUUUGGUUCGUAUCAAAGCCGCCUCUGUGAACCCGGUUGAUAUCAAAGUCCGCGCCGGGACCUAUGACGACUAUCCAGACUACUACACCCGCGUCCCCCGCCCGGACCAAAUCUGCGGCUUCGACGGCGCCGGCCUCGUCGAGGCCGUCGGCCCCGACGUCCGAACUUUCGCGCCCGGCGACGCGGUCUUCUUCGCCGGCAGCCCGGUCCGGCAGGGGAGCGAUGCCGAGUGGGAGCUCGUGGAUGCGAGGAGCGUGGCGGCGAAGCCGGAGCGGUUGGGGUGGGCGCAGGCGGCCAGUAUGCCGUUGACGUGGAUCACGGCUUGGGAGGCGUUGGUCGAGCGGCUUGAGAUCCGGAAAGGCGAGGAGGCGGCGCUGCUGAUUAUAAACGGUGCAGGAGGCGUCGGCUCAAUGGCCUCCCAAAUCGCCCGGCACGUCCUCAACCUCCCCGUCGUCAUCACCACCGCCUCCCGCCCCGAAACGCAAUCCUUCAGCAAAGAAAUGGGCGCCACCCACAUCGUCAACCACCGCCAAGACCUGAAACCGCAAAUCGACAACCUGAACCUCGACGUUCCGCUCAAAUACAUCUUCAUCACCCACAGCACGGACACCUACCUCGCCACCUGCGCCGCGGUCGCCGCCCCCUUCGGCAAGGUGUGCAGCAUCGUGCAGGGCAAGAUCCCCAUGUACGGCACCGAGUUCAUGGCGAAGAGUCUGACCUUCGUGUGGGCGCUGCUGGGCACGAAGCCGUACUACGGCGUCGAGGCGGAAAGUCAUGGGAGGAUACUGAAGCGGUUGAAGGAGCUGGUGGAUGAGGGCGCGGUCAAGUGCACGUUGCGGCAGACGCUGCGGAUGGAUGUGCCGGGGUUGAGGAAGGCGCACGAGAUUGUUGAGGCAGGGGGGAGUAUCGGGAAGAUUGGCUUGCUGGUUCCGGAGGAUGGGACCGCUUUCGCGUAG